AUGCAAAAGGAAAGAUAUAGAAUAUUCAUGAGGUUAUCUUGCGUGUUUUGUUGUACAUAUGAUAAAUUAACUUGUUGGUUAAUGUUGUUAUUUGUUAUAAUUCUGUUACAUAGUCGUGAAUAA